GGACCGGCGAUCGGGGACCGGCGACCGGGGACCGGCGACCGGGAGCGGUGCCGGGGGGAGCGCAGCGAUGCAGCCGCCGCCGCGCAAGGUGAAGCUCACCCAGGAGGUGCGGGUCCACCUCCUCGAGCAGCUCUCGGGCCUGCAGAGCAAGCAGCAGCGGGACACCGAGCUGCUGGAGGACAUCAGGUCCUACAGCAAGCAGAGGGCCGCCAUCGACCGGGAGUAUGGGCAGGCGCUGCAGAGGCUGGCGAGCCAGUUUGUGAAGAGAGACUGGCAGCGGGGCCGUGGAGACACCUGUGACUCGAGGAGCGCAGUCGCGGUCUGGAAGGGUGUCAUCGAGGGGACCGCGCACGCGGGGCAGGUUCGUGUCACCGCCUCGGAGACCUACCGUGCCCUCGCUGCGGAGGCCGCCCGGACCGCCCGGCUCUCCAAGGAGAGGAUGCUCAAGAAGGGCAUCGAGCGGCUGCAGAAGGCGCAGGCGGAGUUGCUGGAGACGGUGAAGGAGCUGGACAAGGCAAAGAAGCAGUUCACCCACCUCCAGCGGAGCAGCGAGGUGGCCAAGGACAAGGCGGCCGACGUGGAGGCUCGGCUCCGGAAGAGCGACCGGAGGAUAUUUCACACCAAGGCCAGCCUGCAAAAACUCAGUGCCAAGUUCUCAGCACGGCUGGCUGAGCACUCGAGGCAGCUCGCUGGGGUGCAGAACGAGUACGGCUUCGCCCUGGUGUCCGCCACUGCCCACCUGGAGCAUUACCAGCGGGUGGAGCUGCCUGCUGCCAUCCAGGCACUGGACGGUGACCUCUACGAGCGGCUGCGGGAGCACUUGUCGAUGGCCAGUAGGACAGAGGUGGAGACCUGCCGGGCCACCCGGGACUGGUUCCAGGGCGUUGCAGAGGCGUCCAUGCGGGUCUGCCGGGAGCAGGACCUCCUGCUCUUCCUGCAGGACCACCCUGCCUUCUCCCUGGCCCCCGAGCAGCACUUCCAGCUUGCUGGGGUGGAGGAGGUGUCCCUUCUGCCUCCAGGAGAUGAUGGGGCCAGCCUGGAGAAGGAAGCACGGCGCUGGGCCACCCGGGUGGCCCGGGACCACAAAAACAAGGCACACGGAGAAGAGGUGCUGCGGUGGCUGGAGGCCAGGAGGCAGCAGGUCCCAGAGGUGGAGGUGGCCGCCUUGGAGCGGCGGAUGGAAGAAGCCAGGGAGAACAUCCGGAAGGCGGAGGUCAGCCGGGUGAAGGCAGAGGCACGGCUGGCCCUGCUGCGGGCAGCGGGGCUGGACGUGGACACGUGGCUGGCAGGGGCCAUGGUGGGGGCGGGUGAGGAGACCCCCACAGGACUGGAUCCGGCUGAGUUCGAUGACUACGAGGACAGUGACGAGCCAGAUGAGGACAACGAGCCUGGCCCCACUGCCCGCACCUACCCCUACACCUGCCGGGUCAUCUUUGGGUACCAGGGCUGCCGGGCGGACGAGCUCUCCAUCGCCCAGGGUGAGGAGCUGGAGGUCAUCGAGGACGGUGAUGCGGAGGAGUGGGUGAAGGCUCGGAACAAGGCGGGCCAGGUCGGCUACGUCCCCGAGAAGUACCUACUGUCCCUGGGGGGCGAGCAGGGGGCCGGGGCUGGCCCCCCAGGACCCUCUGCCCUGCACCGCCAGCUCUCCAGCAUCAUGGCUGCGGAGCUGGUGCUGGAGCCCGGAGCCUGGCUAGUGCGAGCCCUGUACGACUACGAGGGACAGAGCCCUGAGGAGCUGAGCUUCCCCGAGGGGGCCAUCAUCCGGGUGCUGCCCCGCGCCCCCGGCGAAGUGGACGAUGGCUUCUGGACAGGAGACUUCGAUGGCCGCGUUGGCGUCUUCCCCUCCCUGGUGGUGGAGGAGCUGACGGGGGGCCGGGAGGCAGCCGAGCAGGAGCUGCCAUCACCGUCCCCACCACCCUUCUCCCCUCCUGGCCUUGUGCCCGGGGUCAGCCUGGCCCCCAGCCCCUCUCCCGAAACGCCGCUAGGAGGUUGCCGGCAGGAUGGCGCGGGCAGUGGGCAGAGCUCUCCAGACCUGGCAGCCACUCGCCUCCGGCCGCUCCGUGCGCCCCCCCCGCCACCCGGCAGAGCCCCCGAGCCUGACCCCGACCUCCACUUCAGCUGACCAUGUGGGUCCCCCAUGUCCCUCCCUGCUCCCUAAAAAGCUUGGCCAGAGCGAGCCACCCUGGGCUACUGUCCCUGUGGCAGGGCUGGCCAUGCCCAGUGCCCCGAGCUGGUUUUGCGGGGGCAGGGGGGGGCCACAUCCAGCCCUGAGGGGUGGUCCUGCAUCCCUACACAGCAUGGGGCACCCCAGUAGCCCCUUUAUGGGGGUGUCCAGUGCCACAGCCGGGUCCCAGCUCUUUUCUCUGCCUCUUCUGCCCCCUCCCAGUGCAGCCCUGGUUCCUUGGGGGGGCUCAGCUCCAGGGCCCUCCUUCCCCCAGAUCCCCAGCAUCUUCCAACAGGCAGAUGGGGGGCU